UUGUGGUCAUGUGACUGGUAAUGAAACAGAACAGAGUCACUCACAAAAUAACGCUUCAACAAUGGGCCCUAUCGGAGCAGCCUCUGGGUUGUUGUUUUUACUCGCUAUUGCCGUCAAUAAAGGGCUCCCCAGUCCUCUGGCAGGCAAGGAGGCCUGGGACUAUGUGGAAGUGAGAGGUGGGGCCCACAUGUUCUGGUGGCUUUAUUAUGCUGACAGUCCGUCUGCUGGGUACACAGACCUGCCUCUGGUCAUGUGGCUGCAGGGUGGACCAGGAGGAUCAGGAACUGGCUUUGGGAACUUUGAGGAGAUUGGACCUUUGGACAGGGAUCUAAAGCCCAGAAAGACAAGCUGGGUACAGGCAGCCAGUGUGUUAUUUGUAGACAACCCUGUGGGCACUGGCUUUAGCUACACGGACAAACCCGACGGCUAUGCCACCGAUGUGGCCACCGUGGCCUCAGACAUGCUGGUGCUGCUUAAACACUUCUUUACUCAGAAGGCUGAGUUCCAGAACAUGCCCUUUUACAUCUUCUCUGAGUCCUAUGGAGGAAAGAUGGCAGCUGCCAUCUCCUUGGAGCUCAACAAGGCCAUAUCAGAAGGAACAGUGAAGUGCCGCUUUGCUGGUGUGGCACUUGGAGACUCAUGGAUUUCCCCUCUGGACUCUGUCAUGACGUGGGGACCGUACCUCUACACAACUUCCCUGCUGGAUGAUUUGGGCCUGGCGGACGUCAACAGUGCGGCGCAGGAUGUGAAGCAAGCCGUGGAGCAGCAGCAGUUUCAGAAAGCCACUGAGCUGUGGUCUGUAGCCGAGACCGUGGUGGAGCAGAACACCAACGGAGUCAACUUCUACAACAUCCUCACCCAGGAAUCGAACGACAAGCUCCGGUCUUCCGCUGGAGAGAACUACAUAGCGUUACAGACACGCCGCCACAUUCAUCCGCUCUACAGGCAGUCGCUGAGUGAGCUGAUGAAUGGACCAAUCAGGAAGAAACUGGGCAUCAUUCCCCAGAAUGUCACUUGGGGAGGCCAGGCAGAGGAGGUGUUCAGCUACAUGGCAGGAGACUUCAUGAAGCCUGUGGUGGACAUAGUCAACCAGCUGCUGACCGCUGGAGUCAAUGUCACCGUCUAUAAUGGACAGCUGGACCUCAUAGUGGACACCAUGGGGCAGGAGCUGUGGGUGAAGAGGCUGACGUGGGAGGGGCUGCCUACAUUCAACAAGCUGAAGUGGACCCCCCUGGAUGACCCCAUCUCCCCGGGCAUUACCGGAGCUUUCUACAAGACCUACAAGAACUUUGCCUUCUAUUGGAUCCUCAGAGCUGGUCACAUGAUUCCCUCAGACCAGGGACCUAUGGCCUUGCAGAUGAUGAAGAUGAUCACGCAGCAGGCCUGAUCCACUCUCUCUGACGCCAGCUGGAAUGGCUCUGACAAUCACAGUGAUCACAUGACCCUUUUUUUUUUCUUUUUAUAAAUCACUCUCUGCUAAACCAAAUCAAAAAUCUCAGUCCUCCAUGAUUACAACGACGACAACGACGAGUGUAAAUUUUAACCAUAAACCCAAUAAAGACUAAAUGUGU